GAGAAGAAAGCCGAGGCGAGGCUUUAGGGCGGCGCCUCCCGAACCCGAAUGCUGCGCCGCCUCCUCCCCCUUCAGCUGCUUCUCCGCCGCGGCCGAGGGAGAAGAUGGUUGCGGCGAUCAGGGUCCCCAAGACCCGACGCGCCAGGCGGGAGCUCCUCAAGCACGCGCCCAAGCUCGUUGAGACCGGCAAGAAGAUGCUUAUCCUCCAUGGUACAAAGACUAGUGCUGUGUUGAACUCAGUGCUGUCAGAUAUCUACCACCUAAAGCGAGAUAAUGCUGUGAAGUACACCAAGAAGAAUGACAACAUUCGGCCGUUUGAAAGUGGUGGGGAAUCUUCUCUGGAGUUUUUCUCCCUUAAGACAGAUUGCAGCCUUAUAGUUUAUGGUUCUCAUUCAAAGAAGAGGCCCAACAAUCUCAUUUUGGGAAGGACAUAUGACCACCACAUAUAUGACCUUGUUGAAGUAGGUGUUGAGAACUACAAAUCGAUGGAAUCUUAUGUUUAUGAUAAGAAGCUGGCACCAAAACUUGGAUCGAAGCCUUUCUUUGCCUUCAUAGGGGAACACUUUGAGAGUGUUGAAGAGCUGAAGCAUUUGAAAGAAGUGCUGCUUGAUCUUUUCAGGGGAGAGGUUAUAGAGAAUCUAAACCUUGCUGGUGUAGAUCGGAUCUAUGUGUGCACAGCAAUCUCUCCUACCACUGUCUACAUGAUGCACUGUGCUCUCCGUCUAAAAAGGUCAGGCACACCUAUUCCUAGAAUGGAGCUGGUAGAAGUUGGGCCUUCAAUGGAUCUGGUUGUAAGGAGACACAGGCUUCCAGUUGAAAGUUUGAAGAAAGAAGCUAUGAAGACCGCUGAGUAUGCUAAGAAGGUGAAAAAUGUCACCAAGGAUCCAGUGCAGGGCAGGCUGGGCAAGGUCUACAUGCCUGAUCAGCAGGUUGGAAGGCUGACCUUAUCAAACGACAUAAAGGGACUGAAGAGGGAGCGCCGCGAGGCCAAGAAAAACAAGGAGCACUCGAAUAAGCAAAAGGUCAACCCCGAGUAAAGAGCGCUGAAGUUUAUUUAUUUUUGUCUUGGAUACUAGCAGAUCAAGGGCAUUUUGCUUUUAACUUUCCCGGUUGCUGUGUUAGCCAAAUGGAAGCCACUUGCUGUUAGAUUGGUGGAAAGUAGUUUAGUGCCAUCUUGUUAGGCUAAGAACCUUUGUGGUGGCUAUCACAACUAUAUUGUAUACCACGCCGCCACCUCAUCUGAAUUCAGAUAGAAGCAUGGAAAUUUUGAGCAGUGAUAGUAUUUUACGAUUAAUCUA